GGCUCUCCUGCAUAAAUGAAAUACAGGGACGCAGCCUUGCACGUUACUAUACCGGUAUUGAGCAGGUGUUACUUAUUGUUAUGCCGCGGGGUAACGAGAGGAGUACCGAUACCUUGUCAUACUAAUUUGACAUGUGUCAAGGCGCAAGCCCUCGCGCUUCCACGUAAAUGCGAUAGUAUCUUUAGACGCAAUCGAGGGUUUUUGAUCUACCAUGGAAGACUUACAGCGGAGCGAAAAUUCAGAGAGCGCUCAUUUUUCGGCCUAUCGCCCAACCGCGGCUACAGCAGAGCCCCGGAGCCGAACUGCGCUCAUCGCACGCGCCAUCUUACAGCUGGAGGUCAUUCUGAUGCUGUUUUCCGGCAUAUCGUCCUUGCUUCUUCCUGCGCUUUGGGCAGGGACACUAGACAGUGUAGGCGCUCCCUUGCAGCCUUGCUCAGCUGCGGCGCGCCAUGGUGGAGUCGGGGUUAUCGCGUUGGCCGUAUCCCUUCAGCUUGGGCUGCGGUGUAAAACGGAGAGCGUGCUGGAGAUAGUCAUUGCGUCAUUGAUGGUCGGCGACAUCGUACAACUCGUCGCGUGUAUCCUCAACGCCCUAGAAUUCGGGUGGAUUUUUGACACAGUCAACAUCACGUAUGUGGGGGUUACCAUCUUGUUCAUGGUUGUCAGGCUGGUCUGGCUCCGAGAAUGGUGGUCGCGCAAGCGCGCGGAACCAAGGCGACUAGCGGCCUUGGCACAGGAGCUUGAUGGGGUGCAGAAGCUCAUUCGGCGCUCGCUGGAGCUCGGCACCUUUGAACUGCCGACCUUCCCGCCCGCGGCCGCGUCCUCGAUGGCAGCUGGCGCCUUUGGUGAGAGCGGGAUUGAGGCGCGCAAUACUUCCGCGGGGUCUGUUGGCGAGCUGCUCUUGAAAGAGGACUAGUGCUAAUGCGGCUAGAUGCAAGGGGAGUUGACGCGGCAGGUGACGGUGGCAGGUGUUUUGCGCUUGUCCUUGGCCCGUACGGGCACACCGUGCGCACGUACAGACGCUAAUAACUGUAACUGAAAAAAGCUGGGACUGGGCAGGAGCGUGCGUGUGAGUGCCGCUGCAUGCUCCACGCGCUGCUCCCUGGGCUUGAUUCUAUCGUCAAUUUUUGUAAACAUACAUACAUGCUAAUAAAGAUGUGGCAAGUUGUUUGGUUGAAAAGGGUGUGGAAGGAUUGGGCUCCGUGUGGGAUAAAUAAGGGCUAGGGAGGACUCGACCCAGAUCAGGUUUCCUUGUUUGCCGUACUGCCUCUGGCGGCCCGAACGUGUACCAUGACUAAUAAAUUGUCGUCGUUGUGGGGGUGUAUGAUGGGGUCUUCAAUGGACGCUGUGCUGUCAAUAAGCUAGUGCAAGGCGAUGCUUGCAUGAUGUACUUAAUUAUCCAAGGGGGCAAUGACUCGACUACGGAGGAUGCGGGUUGUGAAGUAUUGCUGAAUGUUUCAUGGCUGCAGACGAUGUGCCCCCAUCACUGUACGUGUUGACAUUGUUACCUAUGUCCCGUUUGGCUGCACGGGCCAAACCAGUAGUGAUUUUCACAUCAAGUAUGAAUUGCUUCGGUUGUAUGGAGGGCUAAAUGUGAACGAUGGGGGCCGAAGACGCGAUACAGUGCAACCUUGCUGACAUAUGUUGGAUAGUAGUUCUGAGCAUCGCCCCUCACGGCAUGCGCUGCCUUUCAUUGCUGUGAGCAUGGCGUUUCUGCAGGGCAGGAGAGGGUAGCGUGUCUGCAGCAUGCGUGUACGGCGAGUGGCCGGGUGAACCUGGUUGGCAGACAGCAAUCACGUGUUCGGCUGCAGUCGGUUGCAGUUUGUCGUUGCUCCUGGAGGUUAUGCCUGGAUGGAUGCCGGGGGGGAAGCCGUGCGCCACGGCUGAGAUGUCGUGCUUGCUGCGUGCGGGUGCGACGGUUAGCUGGUUCGUCAGGGCAGUUCAGGUUUCAGGUGAAGGAUGGUGCCGAGUGUUGGCUGGUGCAGAGGGGCGCUGUGCGAUUGAUUGCUAGGUUGAGACGCGUGUCAGGCAUCAAUCGAUGGUCGGCUUACGGACCUGGACUUUUGCGGCAUUGAAGCAACAGGUGGUCAUCUUGAGGAAACCACCGAGGAGAGGCCCUAGUAAGCAUGGGCAACAUAAUGAGAACAGACGGUACCCGUUGGGUUUUUUCUGUCUUGACCUGCCUGGUAAAUAUGCCUUGUUGCACUUUGUUGUUGUUUGUUGCAAGUGGUGCGCAGGUCUAUUCCCGUGAGGUAGUCGAAAGGCGCAGACGAUUAAUUAUCAUGACUUGUCAUGUUAAACGUGGUUGUCCAGCCUACGUGCAUGAAAGGAAGGAUGCUCUCUCGUGCUUUCUGGGUCUCAGUGUCUCAAGCCGCUUGGCGCUGGUCUGUCGACAGUACGAAUUAUACGACGCCAUUUUGCAGGAGAACGCGCUUGGCACGUUUUUAAUUUUGCUUCGUUAACGUCUUAUAUUGGGAAUGCGUAAAGACGCUGUUGCGCUCGACGACAUCCGGAAAGUCAGGCUUUCGUGCCCUGCACCUCCGACAGCAGCAAUCACGCAUCGCCAACCAGUGAAUGCUUCAAGGUCCGCCAUGGUA